AUGAACGAAAACACACUAAACUUGCAUGAGUCUAUGCUAGAGCUGUAUGUGAACGGCCUAAUUUCCGGGUUUCACCAGAGAAAGAAAGAGCUGGUUAUUUUGGUAACAAACAUGCCUGAAAAGCACUCCAUGGUAAACCAUAUCUGCGAGGAGCUGCUGGCCAAGUACACACAGCAGGAGAUUCUGGAGCUCGAGCUUGAAAUGCUAAACUACGCAUCCAAGGACUAUUUUCUCCUGACAAACGCGCUGCUGUAUCUUGAGCGAAGAUGGAGCACGGAAACAAUCAGGCACAUCCUAAAAGCUGCAAUUUCGGACGAAGAGCACUACAGCAUGGUGAUUUCGCUGGUCACAGAUCCAAGAGAAGAGGACGCGCCGGGCCCAUGCGCUGUGGAGGCAAACAUAACCGUGCCUGCAAACUGCACUGCUCUGGCGCACAUACACGGCAUACUGCACAACAUGCACAAGAAAAGCAUAGUCUCCUCGAUGCGCGACGCCUUCACGGCGUACAAGGUGAUUGUGUCCUGCGGGGCAAACGUGCCCUUCAUACUAAGCAAGCUGGACAUGCUGGAAAGCUUGGAGUCGGUUUUGCUCAGCGACAUUCUGGGAGGCGCCCUCGUUGUAAUGCUCUACGAGCCCAGGGAAAUCCCGCACAUGGCCAAUGUUCUCCACAGACUCCUUAAGCGGAACCGGCUGCAGCUGCAGUCGUUCAUACAGCUGCUUAUCACUGCCUACAAUCUGAAGGACGAAAUGUGGGAGACGCUCCAAAACUUUGUGCCGCACUUCUACAUGCGCCUGGGCAUAGAAAGGAACUUCGCCGCAUGCCUGCUCCACACCCUCAACCUAAAAAAUACAAUCGUUUUGUACGAGCUGCUUAACGGAGAAGUUCCUGCGUUGGAGAUGUUUGACCGGUGCGUGCAGGCAAGGCAUGCCAUGUACGACAACGAGCUUAGGCAGUGCCUUCGAGAACUUCUGGCCAUAUCCGAUGAGGAAACAUACACUGUUCUGCCGGCGCCCCCCACAGAGGCUCCUCUUUCUUUUGCAGAGCGCCCCCCAACCAAGCACUCGGAGGUUGCAGACAUGCUGUACUUCUGCCACUUCUACGCAAAAAAAAGCAGCCCAAGCAUAACGCACAUGAACAAUACCACAGUUGAGUACCGAGACGUGAUUGGGCACAUGUCAGAGCAAGAGCGGACAUUGCUUGUCCAGACCGUGCUGUCCUACACAAACUCUCUUGUCCAUAAAGAGCUUACUGUGAACAAGAUAUACACUAUAUGUUCGCUUACUGCGCGAAAAUGA